AUUUUUGAUAUAAAAAAUGAGUUUUAUUUUUUAGGUAACGUACAACAUUUAAAAAAUCCCUUCAAGGGUACGGUUUAUUCCAUCGGGAACAUCGCCACAGCGUUUUACACUGGAUUAUGGGCUUACGAUGGAUGGAAUAACCUCAAUUAUGUCACGGAAGAAAUUAAACAUCCCUCCAAGAAUCUGCCACGUAGCAUAGUAAUCGGGAUUCCAUUAGUAACGAUAUGUUAUGCGCUCAUUAAUGUAUCGUACUUAACAGUAAUGUCACCACUGGAAAUGAUGACUUCGGAAGCGGUCGCCGUUACCUUUGGAAAUCGUUUGUUAGGCGCUAUGGCUUGGCUGAUGCCCCUUUCUGUCACCAUAUCAACGUUUGGAGCGGCCAAUGGGACCUUAUUCGCAGCUGGGAGACUUUGUUUCGCUGCCAGCAGAGAAGGACAUCUACUCGACAUCUUAUCGUAUGUUCACAUCAAAAGAUAUACUCCCGCGCCAGGAUUAAUCUUUCAUUCUUUAAUAGCAGGAGCGAUGGUUUUAUAUGGAACGAUAGAUUCGUUGAUUGACUUUUUUAGUUUUACCGCUUGGAUUUUUUAUGGUGGUGCUAUGUUGGCGUUAAUUGUAAUGCGAUUCACAAAACCAAAUCAUCCGAGACCAUACAAAGUUCCAGUCAUCAUUCCUAUCCUGGUGUUACUAGUUUCGAUCUAUUUGGUUGUUGGACCAAUAAUUGAUAAGCCAACCAUUGAAUAUCUUUAUGCGGCCCUUUUUAUUCUCGGUGGAAUGGUUUUUUACCUUCCAUUCGUGCAUUACAAGUUGCGAGUACCAUUUAUGGAUGGAGUAACAGUUUUCUUACAAAUGUUACUUGAAGUUGCCCCAACUGCAUCAAUGUAUGAGUAGACCCUAACGAAACAACUUAAAAUUAAAAUAAAAAAAAAUUAAAUCAAGGUUAAUUAAUUAAUUAAUUAAUUAACCGAAUGAAAGUGUAGGUCCUAAUCACUUAAAAAAAAAACAACGUGUCAUUCCAUCUUUUCGUUUCAUUUAAAAUCUUACUACAAAAAAAAAAUAAGUCUGAAACCCCGACUAUUUUUCUAACGAAAAAUUACCUUUAAAAAGAUACGGAAAUAAAAAUCAAAGUGUACAACCGACAAUAUUUUUGUAUUCAAAUUAAGAAAAAUAAAUUAAAAUACUUUUUUGUUAAUCCUUGUCGUUCACGCAGAGCUAACAAUAGAAAUUAAAUUUGUUUCGCAAAACGUGUACCUGCAGGUAGUAAAAUUAAAUGUUUAAAAAAUGCAUGUUGGUUGUAACAUAUCAAUACAACAGUUGAUUAAAAAGAAACGAAUAUAAAUGAGAAAAAAUGUUUUAAAAAUAGGGAAAUUAAAGAAGUUUUAUACUGCGAUUUUAAUUUAAGAAAUGUUGCCAAAGUAGGAAGUGAUGAGAAGAUAUCGUUACCAGAUGCAAUAUUAUUGAAGAUUAUUAAGAGAUCAUUAGCAUUGAUGUGUUAAUAGUUUUUUAUUUUAUAUGAAGAUUUUCUAUUUUGACUAUUAUUAUAAGAAGGGAAUCGCUUUGAAAGAGAUUCCUUGUUGAUUUCUUUAUGUGAAGUUUUAAUAAGAAGAUACAAAUAAAUAGAGCAUUGCCUAAAAA